AUGAGGAAAAUCCAAAUACUAACUAAUUUUUUGUUCGUUAUCGCCGUGUUGGCACAAACCCAGCCGCUAGAGGAGUUCCAGGUAAGCAGAGUUUGAGAUUUUUUAAUGUUAUAUGAAUUUUUUUAGAUUAUUUAAAUUUUUUAUCUCAAAUUCGAAAAAAAUUUUUAAUCAAAGAAAGGAAAUGAAAUCCGUAUUUUACCCCUCAAACCACAUUUUAAAAUCUCAAUUUUUAGUCGCAAACCCUAUGGGUCCUCAUUGCCGCCGCCGUCUUGGCCUUUUUCCUGGGCCUUGGAAUGGGCGCCAACGAUGUUUCCAAUGCGUUUGGGACCUCCGUCGGCUCCAAGGUCCUCACUCUGAAAUGGGCCUAUCUUUUGGCCACAAUCUUCGAGAGUUUGGGCGCAAUUCUUGUGGGCUACAAUGUGACGGACACAAUGAGGAAAGGCGUUGUGGAUGUGGAAGUGUAUCAAGACCGGCCGAGGGCCUUAUUAAUCGGGCAAUUGGGGAUUCUGAGUGGAUGCGCGGUCUGGCUGCUGAUCGCAACGUUCGCGGAAUUGCCAGUCUCCACAACGCAGAGUGUGGUGGGAGCUACGGUGGGAUUUUCGGUGACUUUGAGAGGUUUUGAGGGGAUUCGAUGGAUGGAAAUUGCGAAUAUUGGCAAGUUGGGACUUUUGAAGUCUAGUGUAAUAUAAUUUUUUUUUAAAUUGAUUGAUUUUGAAGAGAAAAAAUAUAUUUUAAAGCUCGUAAACGUCUUCUCAGUCCAUUUCAAAAAAGUUACGUAAAUUUCGGAGCCUGAAACAGAAUGCCAAGGUUUGGCGGGAAAUUCAAAAAUUUGAAAACUUAGAAGAAAUGGCGUAUUUUAAAAUGAUUGAUGGCAAUUUGAGGUGAAAAUAAAGCCUCAAAAAUAGUUUUAGACCUAAACCCAACUACUUUUUUCAGUUAUUUCCUGGUUUGUUUCUCCAAUUUUAUCCGGUACCAUUUCUGUAAUUUUGUAUUUGAUUGUCGACCAUUUGGUAUUGAGAAAGGUGGAUUUUUGCAUUCUUUUUUAUUUUUUGAUACUGUUGGAUCUUUUUAUAAUCUUAUUUCAGAGGCGCCCAUUAGUGAAUGGGCUCCGAGUUCUUCCGUUUUUCUACUUUUUCUGUGUGAUCUUUAUAACUUUUGCAGUCAGCUAUCAAGGAUCCAAAAGUGAGUUGUAAUAUUAUCUUUGCAAUUUCAGAUGAAAGAAAAAAUGAUUUUAAAAAUUCUUGGCCUAAUUCUGAUUUUAAAAAAUAGCCAUAGCUAUCGAAAAAAUCUUAAAAUCGAUUUACAGUGGAAGUACUGCGACGCACAGAUUUUCUUUAAAUCUUGCACACACGUUGAGCAUAGACUAAGUAUCAAUUCCUGAAGGUUUUAGCUCGCGCUUUGCGGGUGCCGCCGAGAUAUCGAACGAUUUUUGCCGCUGAGAGAGCACGCUAAACGUAGAGAGCGGUCAGAGAGAAAAAGCGCUUUUUGGCCAUAAUUUUGGCAGUUUCGUGCGGAAAAUUUUAAUUUUUUUAGAAACAUGAUCCUUUACGGUUGAAAUAGGCAUGAAAGUUUUCGUGCCGAAAUUUGGCAAAAAGUCCUAAAUUUUCGCCGACUUUCGAUCUAAAAAUCUCGGUUGUUUCUGCAAAGCGCGAGCUAGGAUUCUCGCAUAUGUCUUAGAAAAAAUUAUUUUAAAUUUGUGCCAGAUUUCAUCAAAAUCUGAGCGUCGCACUUGGAGUACUUCCCCUGUUAGAAUAAUAUUGUACGACCUCUAGGUUUGUAAUAAGUAACCUUUUUCAGUUCUCCAUUUGGCCACCUUGCCAAUUUGGGUGGCUUUUUUAAUCAGCUUGGCCAUUGCGCUGACCGUUUCCUUGGCCAUUCAAUUUCUGGUCAAACCUCGGCUGGUGGGGUGGAUCGAUCGUAAGUUGUUAAAAUUACAUUCUCAAAACCGCUCCAAACUUUUUUAAAAUACGUUACUUAAACAGAGUCUUGCAAUUCCAGGUCGUAACACGAUUCCGAUGAUUGAAAAUCGCUUUGACGGCGAAUAUAAUGACCUUCUCCGCCGCUACAGUACCCUUCCGCCAGCGCCUGUCUCGAUUAUUCGAAACAAGGGCCAGAGUUUCGCGGAGUUCGGGCAAAACGGCGCCGAUAUUCCGCGAAGAGUGUCGAGUAAACGGGAGAGAACGGUGACGCUGAACCUGGGAGGCAUUGUCGUUCCGACCAGAGAUCAUUUGGACAAGGAGUUCUCGGAGAUUUCGUUGGAUGCAACUGCAUUGGAGGCCAAUUCUGAGCACUUGAAUCGGAAAAAUUCGGUGGAAGGUGUGGAUGGCCUCAGGCGUGAGUUGGGAGCAGGGUCAGAAAACUGUUUUUAAGGACUAUUUUAAAGCAGUAAUCAAGUUGAAGUAUCCCUUUUAUUAACUCUAUAAAUAACGUCUACAAAUCGCUGAAUCUUUAGCUAACAGUUUUCAGCCGCAAAUUCCCUCGCGGCAUCAGAAAAUUCAUUGGGAGGAGCAUCAUUUCGUCGAUCCAGAGCCUCAACAUACGGAGAAGCACAGCAUUUUGAAUUGAGUAAGGUCAAACUAGCUCUCUCUUUGAUUGUGGCCUAUUUUAACAUCAUUUCCGAGAAUUUUAGCGCUUGAAACAGAAUGCCAAAAAAUGGCGGGAAAUUUUGAAUUUGAAUUUUUUGCCAAAUCUUGAUGACUAAAGUAUAAUAAAUGGUUUUUUAGCAUUCAAAGGUUUCAUAAAAUGGUUGUUACCCCUUCCUACACGACGGGAAGAUCGGCAAACUUUGAAAUUGUUCAGUUCAUUACAAGUUUUUACCGCUUGCUUCGCCGGCUUUGCGCAUGGAGCUAACGACGUUAGGUGAGUUGGUAAUAACAUUAAUAACAAAGGCGGUGAAUGCGAAGCUCUGAUUUUCAAUUUUCAUAUCUGAAGUUUGGACAUUGAGCAUACCUGCUAAAAACGAAUCCAAAAUUUUUCAUUCAAAAAAUUAAAUUUUUAGCAACGCAAUAGCCCCUCUAACGGCGGUCAUAGCUAUCUACAAAGACCAAAGUGUUCUUCAAGAAGACCCCACUCCAAUCUACGUCCUUUUGUACGGAGUUCUGGCCAUCAGUGUGGGCCUAUGUCUUCUCGGCCACAAGGUUAUUCGAACCGUCGGCGAAAAAAUGUCCCAAAUCCAUCCGGCCAGCGGGUUUUGCAUCGAAUUCGGAGCCGCUGUGACGGCGCUAACGGCCAGCAAAAUGGGAUUGCCGAUCUCGACCACUCAUUGCUUGGUGGGCUCAGUGGUCGCAGUGGGGGUUGUAAAAAGCGGUGCCGGAAUUCAAUGGAGAAUUUUCCGGAAUGUGGCGUUGAGUUGGGUGGUUACGUUGCCCGUUUCCGGAGUUAUUGCGGCCUUGAUUACGUUGAUGUUGAAAUGGGCUGUAUUAUAG